GCUGUGGCUUCUUCUGCGGGAAUCACUGAAGGACUGAGAGCGUCGUGUCGUGAUAGUGUCGCGGGGAGGAGCUGCUUCAGAGCUGAUCAGUGCGGCUCGGGCAGACACGGGAGCGGACCGUCCGUCCUCUGCGGCUCACGCCUCUGGAAUCCUCCGCACAUUGUCCUGCAGGAGCGCCGCUUCAUCAUGGACCUGCUGCUGCUCCUGUCUCUGUCAGCGCUCUGUGUUUCUGCGGAGCAGGAGGUGGAGAAUCUCUCCGGACUGUCGCCGAAUCCUGACCGGGAUAUUUUCGUAGUGAGAGAAAAUGGAACGACCUGCUUGAUGGCGGAGUUUGCGGUGAAAUUCCUGAUUCCGUACGACGUCCUGGCACUGAACGGGAUCGAUCUGAUCACGGAGCAGGCGUCCGUGUCGAUCCCGCGUGGAGCUCAGAUCGCUGGGAAAUGCGGGAGCAGUGAGUCGGAGCUGCAGAUCUCAUGGAUCAAUCACGCAUUCACAUUCCGCAUCUUCUUCUCAAAGGAGAAGCGCACCAUGGGCAGUGAUGGAAAAGCUAAAGAAACUGAAGUGUGGAAGAUAAACAAGGUUCAGCUGGUCUACAACACUUCAGAGGCGACACACUUCAUUAGCGCUUAUAAUCUCUGUGACGUCAACGACAAAACCAAAAACCUCUCUAGAUGUUGUUUUAGGCUGUAUGUGUUGAUGUGGAGUGUGAAUGACCAGCGCUUCUCUCCUCCUGCAGCGUUUAAAUGCAUCACGGACCAGCGGGAGCAGCUGGAGCAGAUGCUGCCGCUGGUGUUGGGUCUCAUCCUGGGUCUCAUCAUCGUCAUCACCAUCUCCGUUUAUCACUUCCACCUCAAACUGAGCGCCGCGCAGCAGCCGCAGCUUCCUCGCGACCGCUCGCUCUACAAGAACAUGUGAAGAUCUCUACCGGACGUGACGUCAGUCCAAAUGUCUCAACGCACGUCAUUAGAACUCUGCUUUUCUUUCUGGUUUCUGUGUCAAAUGUAUGGAAGCCCGUUUCCACCAUAGAAUUAA